GUCAUGUCAGUUUCAGUUUUCUCAACUUAUUUUUGAUUUGAGGCUGGAGCUUUUAAAAUAUAAUAAACAGAGAAGACUUAAAUAAUUAAAUAAAAUGAAGAAGGUUCAUGGGAACGACUCCUUUCAGCGAAUGAAUUAUUUAUACCAAAUUAGUAAACUUAUAGCAGAGAAAAAUCCAAUGCUGUCUUCCUACUAUGGAAAUCUGAUAGUCAACGUUGCCAAGAAAAAUGUUUUGAAGAUACACCCAGACAUAAAACGGCAAAUAUGUAAAAAGUGCAGAUGUAUACUCAUUCAUAAGGAGACAGCUACAAUGAAAAUUAAAAGAAAACACAAAUCAAAAAUAAUAGAGUGGACAUGUAAAACCUGCAGUGCUAAACGCAACUUUCCCACCAAUAAGGAUAAUGACCAUAGAGUAUGGUUAGAAAAACCUGAGGCUGUAGUUGAAGUAAUAAAUUAAGUUAAUGUUUGUUUUAAAUGCUAGAUGUGGUCUAUAACUGCCAACCGCACAUGCAGCAACUGCAUGAAAUCGGCUGCAGCUGCUUUACUGGUUUGUAUAUAUCUACAUAAAACAGUUUUGGGUUGAAGCAGCAAAAGCACAUGCAGUCACCCUCAGAUAUCAACCCAUUUUAUGCAGUCGCUGCACGUACGGUUGGCAGUUGCAGUCUGCAGCUCCCUUUUGAAACGCUCCUUUAAUUUACUAAUUAAUAAUUUUGUUUUGUAUUUGAAUAUUUUUUUUAAUAAAAUACUUCAGUUAAUGAUGUGUUUUGCUUCAGAACUUCAAUUGAAUUUAAUAUUUUCUUAAGUUAGUUCCAGAAUGUUAUUAAGUGGGAUCACUUCAAAUAUUGCUGUACCAUUGUCCAUAAAAGCUAAUGCUAGUUGCAGAUUUCACCUUGCUUGUGACUCAUACCAUACCAGUUUAAACUAUAUUUUUAUGUCCCAGCCAGAAUUUAUCAGAACAUUUAUGUAAAAUAAAUCAUAUCAUAAACA